UUUCAGAAUCCAGAUAAACCAGGAUCUGAAAGCAGCUCUUUUACCACUACACCUUGGCCUAGUUGACGACAGGCGAAGUUUAAGCAGUGAAGACAAUGUGUUUUACGUAUUGUGCACGUUGAAUCCCAAUGCUAUUCCAUUUUCUGAACUAAAAUAUGGUGGAACCUAAAUGCCCACAUCUCAAAAACACCGUCUUUCGCUUAAUCGAAGAGUUCAAGAGUCUGAAAGAGCUCAAACAAAUUCAUGCCCACAUCAUAACUUCUCCAAAACUGCCCAAACCCCAUCAAGAAUAUCUCAUUACUCGCCUCCUCUUCGCUUCCGCCCUCUCAGAGUCCGGCUCUCUUUGCUACGCCACCAGUGUUUUCAAAUUUAUAAAGAACCCAACACUUUCUGUAUAUAACAUCAUGAUUAGAGCCUACGCUUCCAAAAUCAGUGGCGCAGAUAAUACCCACAAUUCAAAAUCCUUUAUUCUCUUCAAACAAAUGCUUUUUAAUGGCAUUUCACCGGAUUGCAUUACGUUUCCUUUUGUUAUAAAGGAAUGCGCCAUUAGGCUUGAUAGUCGUGUAGGGUGUAGCAUUCAUGGAGAAGCCAUUAAAUUUGGAUUGUUUUCUGACGUUUACGUUCAAAAUUCUUUGGUAAAUUUUUAUUCUGAAUGUGGGUUUUUGAACAGUGCCAGGAAGUUGUUUGAUGAAAUGCUGAAAAGAGAUAUUGUUUCUUGGAAUUCGAUGAUUAUUGGGUACUUGAGAGGUGGGAAUCUUGAGAUGGCAUUAGAAUUGUUUAGAAGCAUGGAGACGAGGAAUAUUAUCACUUGGAAUUCAAUGAUAACGGGUUUUGUUCAGGGUGGAAAGGGAAAAGAGGCCUUGCAAUUGUUCCAUGAAAUGCAGAAUUCAAGUAAUGAUAAGGUUAAACCCGAUAAAAUUACAAUAGCUAGUGUACUUUCAGCUUGUGCUUACCUUGGUGCAAUUGAUCACGGGAAAUGGAUAUAUGGUUACUUAAGGAGAAGCGGUAUUGAAUGUGAUGUGGUGAUUGGAACAGCAUUGGUUGAUAUGUACGGUAAAUGUGGUAGUGUUGAGAGGGCAUAUGAGGUUUUUAAAGAGAUGCCUAAAAGGGAUACCUUGGCAUGGACUGCUAUAAUUUCUACAUUUGCAUUGCAUGGCUAUAGUAAAGAGGCUUUUGACACGUUCAAAGAGAUGGAAGCCGUGCUAGUGAAGCCUAAUCAUGUCACAUUUCUUGGGUUAUUGUCAGCUUGCGCUCAUUCUGGCAUGGUAGAGAAAGCUCGCUGGUGUUUUGAUAUGAUGAAGCGUGUUUAUUCAGUAGAACCACAACUUCAUCACUAUGCUUCCAUGGUUGAUGUUCUCAGUCGAGCCGGGUUAUUUGAAGAGGUAGGAGAGCUUGUUAGAAGUAUGCCAAUGGAGCCAGAUGUGUUUGUUUGGGGAGCAUUACUUGGAGGCUGUAAGAUUCAUGGGAACUUAGUAUUAGGAGAAAGGGUAGCACAGUAUUUGAUUGGUCUGGAACCGAGGAAUCAUGCAUCUUAUAUUAACUUGUGUGAAAUAUAUGCCAAAGCUGGGAGAUUUGAUGAUGCGAAGAGGAUUAGAGCCUUAAUGAAAGAAAGAGGUAUCAGAAAAGAAGUUGCAGGCUGUAGUUUAAUUGAAGUUGAUGGGCUCGUUCUUGAAUUCUCAGUUGAAGGAUGGCCUGUGCCAGUAACUGAUGAGAUAGUGCUCGUCUUAAAUUUAUUUAAUAAUGAGAUAAAAGGGGAAGGAACCAUGCAUUACUGUAAUGGGAUAUUGUUAGAUUCAGAAAAAUGAUGACCAUUUCUGGAUUAUUAUUUGGUAAUUCUCUACUUUUUCUUGCUGGAACUAAGUUUUGCUGGCGGCUAUUCCAUUCAAGGGCACAAAUCUAUGUUGAUCUGAUUCUUGAUUUUUCUUGGACCAUCCGUGUUUGACUCAUAUUCUGACAUAAGAAUGGGGAUAUGCCCUUUACAAUCCUUCAAAUACAUGAAAAACUUUUAAAACAUUGAAGAUGGUUGUAUUAGAAACAUAUCUAUAUCCGAUACUCACGCUCGACCUUGAGUAACAUAGGCAAAAAGGCAACCAUUAUCAUUACAAAACCAGAGAAUUACAUGGCAGAGGAAGAUUCAAUCCAUUCAUGGUAGAGAUCAAAUGGGUGAGUAGUGACUGGAAUUUUGAGUUGGACUGAACUAUUGGCAAUUUUAAGAGCAAAGCUUUGGCAUAAAUUGUCCUUGAAUGUGGGCGGUUGGGCCGCGGUCUGAUGGCUCAUUUUACUGCAAGUGAUAUCAUCCUUGCACCCAUCAUCUGUCAUGUUCUAGAGGUUAUGAGUUUGAAUCUUUCCAUACACAAAACUCUUCAGUAGUCAUGAUUUUACUCGUUUAGGCAUCGUGGGAUGCUCUUAGGCUCUCUUCAAAGUUUGAAGAUAAAGCUUUGAAAGUGUGUCGCUCUUUUUUUUGGUAUAUUUACGAUUAGUUUAUACAUUUUUAAUAAGAGCAAAUCACUGUCAACUCAUGUACCACAGAUAGAAAUAAGAUUACUUAUGAUUCAAACCCAUGAAAUGAGUUUUAGUCAAUACCGCUAAGACAAGAGGUAGACUCUAGUGGUCAUUCUUCGAAGCAACGCCCAAAGAAAAUUAUUCUUAAUUUGUGUAUCAAAAGUAAUAUUAUUUACUAGGGUUUUAAAUAUAAA